GGACGGGCGUGGCCACCACCUCCCUGAGGGCGGAGACAGCAGGGGCGCGGGGAGGAUGCCCGCGAUCCGAGGGACCUCGCCCCAGGUGGGAAGCUGGGGGCGGGGCGCGCACUCGGAGCCGGCCAGUCAGGCGGGAGCUGGGCAGGUGCGGUGGCGGAAGUGCGGGGACGGCGGCCGAAACGGAGUCCUCUAGGAAGCCGGGGCCUCGGGUCAGCCAACGGGGAGCAGCUGCGGAGCGCCAGCCAGACCGCGGCGGCUCUGGCUCAGGAGCCGGCGAGAUGUCUCUGUUCGCAGCCAACCCUUUUGAACAAGACGUAGAAAAAGCCACUAAUGAGUACAACACUACGGAAGACUGGAGUCUCAUCAUGGACAUAUGUGACAAAGUUGGGAGCACUCCUAAAGGAGCUAAAGAUUGCUUGAAAGCCAUAAUGAAAAGGGUAAAUCACAAGAUUCCUCAUGUUGCUCUGCAGGCAUUAACCCUUCUUGGGGCUUGUGUGGCAAACUGUGGAAAGAUAUUUCAUUUAGAAGUAUGUUCCCGUGAUUUCGCAAGUGAAGUACGUGCUGUGAUAAAAAAUAAGGGUCAUCCUAAAGUAUGUGAAAAACUGAAAUCUUUAAUGGUGGAAUGGUCAGAAGAAUUUCAGAAGGACCCUCAGUUUAGUCUGAUAUCUGCAACUAUUAAAUCUAUGAAAGAAGAAGGAAUUACUUUUCCUCCAGGUAGUUCACAGACUAGCACAGCUGCUACCAAGAAUGGUACGUCAUCGAACAAAAACAAAGAAGAUGAAGACAUAGCUAAAGCUAUUGAAUUGUCAUUGCAAGAGCAGAAACAGCAACACACAGAAACAAAAUCCUUGUAUCCAUCUGCUGAAAUUCAGUUAAAUAAUAAGGUUGCACGCAAAGUGAGAGCUUUAUAUGAUUUUGAAGCAGUUGAGGACAAUGAACUCACCUUUAAACAUGGUGAAAUUAUCAUUGUUUUGGAUGACAGUGAUGCCAAUUGGUGGAAAGGAGAAAAUCACAGAGGAAUAGGACUCUUCCCGUCUAAUUUUGUAACAACUAACUUAAACAUAGAAUCUGAGGCAGCAGCUGUGGACAAAUUGAAUAUAAUCGAAGAUGAUGUGGAGGAAAUUAAGAAAUCAGAACCUGAGCCUGUUUAUAUUGAUGAGGAUAAGAUGGAUAGAACCCUGCAGAUACUCCAGAGUAUAGAUCCAACAGAUUCAAAACCAGACUCCCAAGACCUCUUGGAUUUAGAAGGUAUCUGCCAACAGAUGGGUCCGAUAAUAGAUGAAAAACUUGAAGAGAUUGACAGGAAGCAUUCAGAAUUGUCUGAAUUAAAUGUAAAAGUCUUGGAAGCUCUGGAACUGUAUAACAAAUUGGUGAAUGAAGCACCAGUAUAUUCAGUCUAUUCAAAACUCCAUCCGCCAGCACAUUACCCACCUGCAUCAGCUGGGGUUCCAAUGCAGACUUAUCCAGUUCACUCACAUGGUGGAAACUAUAUGGGUCAGAGCGUUCACCAAGUUACUGUUGCCCCAAGCUACAGCUUAGCGCCAGCAGAUCACAUUGGUCCACUGAGAUCUCUGCCUCCCAACGUGAACUCCUCAGUGACAACACAGUCUGCUCAAACUCCAUAUUUAAGCACUGGACAAGACACCAUUUCCAAUCCUACUUAUAUGAACCAGAACUCUAAUCUUCAGUCAGCUGCUGGGACAGCCGCUUACACACAGCAAAUGGGGAUGUCGGUGGAUAUGUCAUCUUACCAGAGCGCUACUUCCAGCCUGCCGCAUCUGGCAGGCUUUCCGGUGGCAGUUCCAGCUCAUUCUGUUGCCCAGCAGCAAGCAAAUUACCAUCAGCAGCCUCUGCUUUAGAAACAAGCCAGGCAUUUGCCUGAAAGCCUCCAUAAAUGUAUUACUUGGCCCUUGUGAUUCUAAUCUGAAAAUAUUAAAAGAAAACGUGACACUCAACACAGAAGGACCAUGAAUAAAUAAAGCACAGAAAGCUGUCUUACUCUACAGUCCAUGAAAGGUUUUUUCCGGUCUAGUUUGUUUGAAGUCAGUCUUCUGAUCCAAGGCAGCUUUAAAGAUGCUCCAGGUACUUUUGUCUUACUUGCAGGUCUUGCUACAUAAAUCUGGUUACCCAGUAAGUAGCCUCAUGACACUAAACAGUAUGAGAUAGGAGUAUAAAAGUUUCACUUUCAAGAAACCACUGUUUUCCCCUAAAAUGUCAUGAUAAGAAAACUGAAGACCUUUAAAGGUCUUGUCUGCGUAUUUUUCGUUUCCCACAUACUAUUCUUUUGAAAGGCGAAUGUCUUUUUGUGUAAGUGUUUAGCUUGCCAACAUAUUUCUUUUUGGCUUCUUAAAUUGCAGUUGUGUUUGUAGUACUGUCGGUUUGCUUUUAGUGUUAUGUUGAGUAAUAAUUAGUAUAUAAUUUUCUACAGAAGCAGGAGCAAUCUGGAAAGCACAAAAAUGUUUUCUGUUAUUAACACCGAUAACCAUGUAAAUGCAGAUGUGUGAUCACGCAUUUAGCUGUUCCUUCAGACAGUCACGCUAACAAUGGUCCAAGGAAUGUCCCACAAAACAUUUCCAUUCCCUGGGAAAAACAUUUCCUUUCUUCCAAACACCCUGGUGUUCAGAAUUGCCACUAAUGGCCUUUCCUGGUGACUUUGGCUAUUUUCUAAUGAAGAUACGGUCCAUUCGUUUUCCUUCCUGCAGUGUGCUGUGCAGAGAUACUGCAUCCCCUUUUUAUGGAUUAUAUGUGAAGUCGAGCCACGGGAUUCUUAGUAAUGUGAUGUGAUGUAUACUAAGCAUAGAUUUGUUGAGUCUUUAAAAAAACGACUGAAGUACCAUUGCUAAGCUGUCAACAUGCCAUGCAUGAAAACUUUGGCCAUUCCUUUCAGAAGUAAUUCUGAGUUGGUGGAACAAUAGCAGCAGUGAAUUGAUAGAAGGUAAUGGAUCGAUAGAUAGGCUAUCGAGACAGUUUUUCUGAAGGGCAUGUUUUAAAUUAGCUACCAGUGCUAGUAGAUUCCACACCUUGUGGGAAUUAGGUAGUAAACAAACAGGGACGGUUUUCUCUUCUAAGAUGCGCACACUGCUUCAUUACCUGCGAACUUUUUACAUAACACAGGAUGGAAAAUGGGAAUAUAUAUCCUUACAGAUACAUGAUAUUUUGACUGAGAAAAGCAAUGGACACAUGUUUAGGAUUUAAAAAGCUGCUUGCAUGGAAGCAAGAUUCUGUAUUUUUUUUUUAAAGACAGCAGUUAAUCUUUCUGUUAAGAAUCUAUUGGAAAUUUUUUCAUUUAUCUGUUUACAGGCAUUUGAUUACAAGUGUGUUUCUUUUCCAAAGAAACUAUUCUAGAACUAGAUAGUGUGUAUGAUACUUGGUCUGCAUUGAAAGGGAAAAAUAAGCAGUAUUUGAAAGCACAGUUUCUGUCAUUGGACCAGAUGCACAUAACUGAAAACAGAGCGUCAACCUUCUAUGUCUCAUGCUCUAUUUUUUGUCCAGUAUUUUCUUCCCAUGGGAAUUCAUUACAUCUUUACUAAAAAUACUCUAAAAUGGCACCUUACUUUUUUGGAAACAAAUCUUAUAUUCUUUAAACACACACACUUGUGUGUACACACACAAAGUAAACAUGCAAAGCUGCUGUUGAUAAUGUUUGCGUGUAUAUGGAAAACCUUACAUUUUUGUCCUAUCCUAUAUUUAAUAGAAAAAAUUGUAUAACUAUUUCAUGUAAAUUGUGAUCUGAAUCAUAAAAGCUGAAUUUGGCGUAAGUCACCGAAUCAGUAUAAAUACUGAACACUCACUAAGUCAGAAUCAACCAGUUUAACUCAACUAAUAUAAUUUUGGAAUGGUAAAACAUGUGACAUGUAUAUAACUAGUGUAUAUUGUCAUUUUUCUGUGAAAUUUUUACACACAGAAAUGUCUUCUUCCUCUUAAAAAUAGUUGUCUUUUUGCCAUAUGUUACAGAUUUUAUGUUGAGUUUGUUAAUAGUAUAAAAAUGAUAUUAAAUCCAUGUACUGAUAAUGACUUCUUUGAUGUUUAGUAAGAAAUGCAAGGUGGUUAUUUUUCUUUUCUUUCCACAAUCUUAUAGAUUGUAUUUAUUUUAAAAUCUGUUUAUAAUUAAAUGUUUUCUGCCAAAGGAAUUGUUUAACUUCAGAUUUCUACAUUGGGUUUAUACUUACUGUUUUUUAUAUAAAACAACAUUAAAAAUAACUUCUGCUUUUCAUAUCAAAUCUUGGUAUAUUAGAAUUUCUGAAAAUUUUUAAUAGAAUUAACUUUAUUAUUGUAGAAAAAUACCCUGAUAUUAAAAUAUGGGAAGUGAAUAUGUUCUUACAGAUGGAAAAGUAUACAGCCAACCAAUGUUGUCUUCUAACUUGGUAAUUUAUUUAUAGAAUUGUCUGAAUAUUAAGUAAUUAUAUCAUUUAGGAUUUGAAAUUAUUUGCAGAUAUGUUAUCAUCUUAUAGUACUUCAAGUAGUUGAUAUUUGACUACAUAACAAUUCUAUACAUUUUGAAGAUGGUUAUUAAGUUACACCUCUAAAUUUUAAAAAAUUGAUUGUAAAUGUUUAAAAAAAGUAUAGCUUAGGUUUUUUUAACAAGGUUUUUUGCAUUGCUUUUGUUUUUAGUAAAAGCUAUAACUUUUGAGGCUUCUGAGUUCUAGGAUACUAUUUAUUGAAUUGACAUGAGAAAGCUGAAGUUAUUUUUUAUAAGUAAUAAAUUAUAAAUAACAUAGCACUGAUCUAUCAUGCUCUCUUACUAUCAAAAGGGUUUUUUUCUUGCUUACUUGCAUUAGUUUUAAUAAAGGGAGGGCUCAAUUUUAGAUAUUUGACUCUUUGGGCUUGUUUGAUUUAGUUUCCCUUGAAGAUUAAAGGUUUAUUUUUUAAAGUUUUCCCCAGAAGAAUUAUUCUAAUUUUCUCAUGCUAAAUUUGAAUUUGAGAAUCUUUUUUAAUAGCUUUCUGUGUCAGAGAAAUUACAUUGUCUACAUGGUAUAAUGGGACCAAUAGCAAGCCCCCCCUCCCCUAAUUUAUGUAAACCUGGAAUGCUGAAAUGUAACCUUAUUUGGAAAUAGGGUUUUUGCAGAUGUAAUUAGUUAAGGAUCUUGAGGCGAAAUCAUCUGGAUUUAGAAUUGACCCUAAAUCCACUGACUGGUGUCCUUAUAAGAAGAGAAGACACUGACACGCACAGUGAAUGCAGCCAUAAGAAGAUGGAGGCAGGAGGAGUUAUGCUGCCUUAAGUCAAGGACCUUGUGGGGCCAUCAGAAGCUGGAAUAGGCAAAGGUGUCUUCCCUGCUGUCUUCAGAGCCUGGCCCUGCUUAAUUUCAGACUUUUUAGACUCCAGCACUGUGAGAGAAUAAAUGUUGUUUUAAGCCAUCAA